GGAUCCUCUUCAUCGUUGCAGGCUUUCUUUCGCUCUAUCAUGUCUCGAAUAAAAGAAGUAUGGUCUCCAAAUCUCGAAGCUGAGAUGCGCAAUAUUCGCAAGAUGGUGGAGAAUUAUCCGUACAUUGCCAUGGACACAGAGUUUCCAGGCGUCGUCGCGCGCCCCAUUGGUGCAUUCAAGACAUCGUCCGAUUACCACUAUCAAACAAUGCGAUGCAACGUUGACCUUUUGAAGAUAAUACAAGUUGGCAUUACGUUGGCAGACGAGGAAGGAAAUUACCCUCAGGACGUGACCACCUGGCAGUUCAACUUCCGAUUCAGCGUCAAUGAUGAUAUGUAUGCGCCCGAAUCUAUCGAACUCUUGCAAAAGUCUGGCAUCGACUUCCAACGGCAUGAAGAGAUCGGGAUUUCGCCCAAUGAUUUCGCCGAACUAAUGAUAACUUCCGGCCUGGUCCUCGCCCCGGACACGAAAUGGAUAUCAUUUCAUAGUGGCUAUGAUUUUGGGUACUUCGUCAAGCUCCUCACUGCUGUAUCGUUACCAACGACGGAAGACGUAUUUUUUGAUCUACUGCGUACAUGGUUUCCAACGGUUUAUGAUAUCAAGUUCAUGAUGCGGGCUUGCAAGGUCCUGAAGGGAGGCUUGCAAGAUGUUGCAGAUGACCUCGGGGUCAUGCGAAUAGGACCUUCACAUCAAGCAGGUUCAGACUCACUCCUUACUGCUUCCACGUUCUUCAAGAUGCGAGAACUGUAUUUCAAUGAUCGCAUCGAUGACGCUGAAUACAACGGCAAGCUUUAUGGCCUUGGUCAAACUUUCUCCACACCGAAUGGUAUCACGGAUACGGGGCGAGGCGGAGCUACCAUAGCCGAACGUGAAGACAGAGGCUUGUCUAGGGAGGCUCAGAACCAAACACCAGGUCCUGGGCCUUCAUCCCUUUCACAAAACCAGAAUGUCAUGGGCAUGGGUGGACCGCUACCCACACCAGCAAUGGGUGGGGCAAUGCCAACACCAUUACCGUCAGGAACGGCGUAUGGACCCAUGUCCGCAAACGGACCAUAUCUGCGUACAUCAAUAGGUGUAGGGGGAAGGUAGAUGAGGUGGUAAUAUCUUUCUUCGGGAAUUCCCUGGACACUCGACUACAUAUGUAAUUAUUGUCUGUAUUAAAUGUUUCUUUUUGGUUUUCUGUUAUCUUGCCAUCCAAGCUCUUAUCCUGCUGUUGUCUUUUCUUGCCGUGUUCCGGUGAAUGCGCGGGAAAACUGCGGUCACUUGUGAGCAUUUUCUGUUUGCAGUGCUUUCAUAUCAUCCACCAUCUAAAUUAAACAACAGAUGCAACG